AUCAGCUUUAGUUUAAAAUAAGGUGUGAAAAAAUGAAGUAUGACGCCGAAUUGAUGUUUGAAUGUUUAAUUUAUUUGAACACCUUUUAUUAUCCAGUUUUUGCAUCAUGCGAAAGUAUAAUGGCGAUUGCAAAGUACAGAAGUUCUAGGGAUACUCCGAAAAUAGGACAAGACGCUAUCGUGGUUUUUGCUAGACUUUUUGUGGAAUUACUGAAAAUCGUGCUUUUUAAGAAAUUAAAAGAUGAAAGAAGAAACUUGGCAACAGCGGCAGGGGUGUUUUUGACAGUGUUGUCAAUUUGCGGAUUACUCUACACAUUCUUCAUCCAGGACCCUGUACUAAAAUUGGAGUACAUUUUAAGCUCCCUAUCGAUUAUUUUGGCAUGCACUGAAGUGGUUUUUGGAAUAUUGCAUUUUAUGCCUUGCUGUCAAAGAAAAUUAUACGAAUGAGCGUUUAAGGUUGUUUCAAAGGUCACAGCUGUAAAAAUUCAAGGCAAUGAGUGUCAAACAUGGUUUAAAUUGUGAUAAUACUUAAUUUUAAGGGAUGAAAAUAA